AUGCCUCGUCCGGAUCUCGCAUCCAUCGACGUCGGCUAUCGCAAAAUCCCCAUUAUGGCCAUAGGGAAAGAUAUAUACUGCGACUCUCGGCUUAUCAUUUCCAAGCUCGAGUCGCUCUACCCCCAUGACAGUCUCAUACCAUCCACGCCAGAUAAAGCGGGGAUGCGUAAACUCUUUGAAAAUUGGACGAUUGAUGGAGGUAUCUUUGCUAACACAGUCAAACUUAUGCCGUACUGGGUUGACAACGGAUUGUUACAGAACAAAGUGUUCUUAGAUGAUCGCCAGAGACUGAUGGGUGGACGGAGAUUGACUGCUGAGGCAAUGCAGGCAGGAAGACCAGACGGCUUGCAGAAUCUGCAACAGGCGUUCGAGUUGCUGGAGACGACGUUUCUUGCCGAUGGUAGGGAGUGGGUUCUGGGUACGAGAGAGCCUACUUUGGCAGAUAUCGAUGCAGUCUGGCCUUUCGAGUGGUUGAUUGUGGACAAGGGAAUGCGAGGAAGUCUGCCAGAUCAGCAUUUUGGGGAGGAGACUUAUCCGAGGGUGUAUGCAUGGGUGCGAAGGUUCAUGGCGCAGGUGUGGAAAAAGAAACAAAGCACAGAUACUCCGACAAGCCUGGAUGGGUCAGGUAUGCGCGACCGCUUGUUGAACGCGGCAACUGCAAGCGAGAAUGCAUCGUUUGACGAUAAUAAUUUGCUGAAGCUACAGCGUGGUGAGGAGGUGGAAAUUUAUCCGUCGGACUACGGAGAGAUGGGCAAGAGCAACGGUAUCCUGGUUGGACUUACGACCACCGAGGCUGUGAUACGGAACAAAUUGGGCCUCUAUGUACAUUUUCCGCGUUGGAAUUUCAGCAUUGUCAGGACUGGAGCCGUCGUCCACCGAAGUCCCAAGCCCAAGAGCACGGGAAGCAAGAUCCCCAAGAUUCGACUCAUUUACCACCCCUUCAGCCCUUUUUCACGAACGGUAUUCGUUCUGGCACACGAGCUUGGGCUCGCAAAACACAUCACCCUACAAAAAGCCGUUGUAUGUCCUGUACCUAUUGCCGGAUGGAGUGACAACAACUCAGAUGUCGCAGCAUAUAACCCAAUGGCGAAAAUUCCAUGCUUGAUAUCAGAAGAUGUUCCGGACGGCAUAUAUGAUUCUCGCAUCAUCUGCGAAUAUCUCAAUGAGCUGGCGUUCGUGAAACCAAACCGGGAUGCACGAUAUUGGCAGCUGCGUGCGCUAAAUGCAGCGGCGAAUGGAAUCAUGGACGCAGCUGUGCUCAUCACAUAUGAAGUGCGCAUUCGAAAAGAACGCAACCUAUAUUUCAACGAGUGGGUGGCAGGCCAGAAGCAGAAGAUUGUACGAGCACUAGAUAGGUUUGAGGUCGUAGCUGAGGAAGGUAUAUUACCUCAUCCGAGCAAUGGACCUGCAACACAUGAUGAGGUCGCGGUUGCUGUAGCUACUGCGAUGACGGGGCAGAUGGGCUAUCUGGGCAUCGAUUGGACUAAGCAACGACCAAAUUUGGUCGAAUACAUGAAGAAAUGGGAACAGAGGAGCAGUUUCUUGAAGACCCUUCCAACGACGGAUUGGGGAGUUCGUUCGGACAUGAAAGGUCCAUCGAAAAUUUAG